CUAGGAGCGGGCUGGGUUAGCGGUCUUCUUUUCUGCUCCCUUCCAUCAGUGAAGUAAGUAGACCUCCUGUGCAUGUCGACAACUCUCCACAGCUGCCCUUCGUUGCUUGACUCCUGGCUUCCUGGGUUUGUUACACACGCUGAACUCCAGCUUCUCAGCGUCCCGGUUCUUCCAGAUCGCACAUGUCAUAGGAGAUGCUCUUACACCAAGUGGAAUCUAAACUCUAUAGACACUCAAUGAGGCUCCAGGGAACACCUGCUUUUCUCAUUUAUUUCACAGGAGAUUUCAGAUUUCUUAAAUGACUAAUAUAGGGUCCUGCCUCAAUUGAAAGAAUGGCAUUCGCAGGAGCUGAAGCAGAGGAACUUGAAAAUCACAAUGACUGCCUCGUCCGACUUUCAAAUCCAAACGUAGCAACAAUGAAAGAAGAUGUUCUCUACCAUUUCAGUCUCAGCACUAGCACACAUGACUUCCCAGCUAUGUUUGGAGAUGUGAAGUUUGUGUGUGUGGGUGGAAGCCCCUCACGGAUGAAGUCUUUCAUCAAGUAUGUGGCUGAAGAGCUGGGCUUUGACCGCCCGGGUGUCGACUAUCCCAACAUCUGUGCAGGGACCGACCGCUACGCCAUGUACAAAGUAGGACCAGUGCUGUCUGUCAGUCACGGGAUGGGCAUUCCCUCCAUCGCUAUCAUGCUGCACGAGCUCAUCAAGCUGCUGUACCACGCCAGGUGCUCCAACAUCACCAUCAUCCGCAUUGGCACUUCAGGCGGGAUAGGUCUGGAGCCGGGCUCGGUGGUCAUAACCCGGCAGGCCGUGGAUGCCUGCUUCAAGCCGGAGUUCGAGCAGAUCGUGCUGGGGAAGCGGGUCGUUCGGAGCACGGACCUGGAUAAGCAGCUGGUACAGAAGCUGCUCCAGUGUUCCACAGACCUGAGCGAAUUCACCACAGUCGUGGGGAACACCAUGUGCACCUUGGACUUCUACGAAGGACAAGGCCGUCUGGACGGUGCUCUCUGCUCCUACACGGAGCAGGACAAGCAGGCGUAUCUGCGGGCGGCCUACGCCGCCGGCAUCCGGAACAUUGAGAUGGAAUCGUCAGUGUUUGCCGCCAUGUGCAGCGAGUGUGGCCUCAGAGCCGCUGUGGUGUGUGUCACCCUCCUGAACCGCCUGGAUGGGGACCAGAUCCUCAGCCCUCAUGACGUGCUCACUGAGUACCAGAAGAGGCCACAGCGGCUGGUCGGUUACUUCAUCAAGAAGAGCCUGGGGAAGGCCUGAGGUCCCCGUUCUGAGCCUCCAGAGACAAGUGGCUAUCAUCACUUGCCAAUAAAAAACCAUUGUCCAAAAGCA